AUGGACGUCCCACGCAUAGUAAAGACCCAGAUAACUAUCGGAGAACUGGACCCUCCUGCCGAUCUUAUCAGCGGUGUGAAUGAUGGCAAGGUUCAGCUUCUGGAGGUUGUCAAAGCGCUGGGAGAGUAUCUUACAUCCGUAGAGGACGGCGUCCGUCUGAAGGGCUUGACAUUCUUGUCAAAUCUGUUGAAGAGCACGACCCCAAGCAAAUUCAAUCGACCAGCUACUGUUACUCUGACCCGCUUCUUCACUUCGGGAGUCGACGACUUUGACUCCCUCCCUCCUUCUCUUAGCGCUCUCCUCGUUUUGUCAAAACUGCCGACUUUCGACGACGACGCGGCGGUCGAGGUGUAUCGCGCGAUCUGCGAGAAUGUCAAUAUGAAGGCGUACACCCAGGUAGUGCGGAACCAGGUGUACCAGCUAUUCGACUCUUUCUUAGCUAGUCACCGUAAUGCUCUCAAGAGCAUGGGUGCGGACUUUCUCAAUAGCUACACCAAGAUGGUGGACGGCGAGAAGGACCCUCGGAAUUUGAUGUUGCUAUUCGCGAUGGACCGAGUCAUCCUGCUAGAAUUCGACAUCAGCCAGCUCGUCGAGGACUUCUUCGAUAUCACCUUCUGCUACUUCCCCAUCUCCUUCCGACCCCCACCGAACGACCCGUAUGGUAUCACAGCGGACGACCUCAAAGCGUCAUUACGGCUAUGUAUGUCGGCAACGCCCUUAUUUGCCAAGAUGGCACUACCGCUGUUUCUGGAGAAGUUUGCAACCGCUGUCGGACCCGCUAUGAAAGAUCUGAUGUUGACUAUGGCGGCUUGUUUCCCUACAUAUGGAGCAGCAGCUGUGAGCGAGCGCGGGACGGAACUAUGGGAAGCAAUCAAGACGGAGAUUCUGUAUCAAUCAGAUGCUGGCAUCGAAGCUGCAUCGCUAUCUGCGCUCGAAUCGCUCAUGCGCGCUAUGUACCCCACACCGAGAGAUAGUCCAACUGGGCUCGCUCAGGAUAUCAUCAAGGAGUGCUUGAAGCUGCUGGAAGACCCGGAGAAGAGCCAAAGUCUCGCAGCUACGAAAGCUUUGGUCGCGAUGUUCAAAUCGACAGCCUCUGUCGGACCGUUCGUCGUCUCCCAAACCUUGCCGCACCUCUUCCGCCAAUUCAACCACCCCACCAACCCCUCUCAUCGCGCACCUAUUCUCUGGUCUCUCACUUCCCUCCUCAUCGCCGCGUCUAAGGUCUACGCUCCGCCCGGUAGUCCCCGUCAAUACAGUCACGAACGCCCGUUCGAGCAGUAUCGUGAGGCCCUAAUGGACACUCUGCGAGAAGGACUAAGGACGAACGGACUGAAAGAGCCGGCAGCGCGCGGUUGCGUCGCGUUGAGCGAGAUACCGGGCUUGUGGAGUCGGACAGAGGUGGAAGAGGUGGUCAGGGGGAUGGGCGAUAUCGUGUUGAACGAGCGAAAUGCGGAUGUUAGGAAAGCUGUCUUGAAGAGUCUCACAACACUCGCGCAGAACUUCCCGGCAAGUAUCGAAUCCACCACCCUCCCCCUCCUAUUCCACGCCCUCCCCGACUCUUCUCCGCCCAUGGCCGACGCCUCCGGUCGGGACAAAUACCGCUCUGUCCUUUCAUCUGUCGCCGAGCUAUGCUUCCUCCCUGCCUUAUUCGAGAUCCUCGUCAUUCGCACUCUCAACAAGCUGGACGUGAUCGCUUCCUUAUCACCCGAGGGCGAGCAAAGGGAAUGCGAAGUCGCCUACUCGUUCGAUAUCCUCAAUACUCUCCACGGUGUGAUUGUCAAGAAGCUGGAGGCGAAACAUGCCGAUGUUGUCAAGCACUUCGAUACGGUCAUUCCGCGUCUGACGGGAUUGGCGGUGGAGGCUAGUAAAGGAAGAGUAGGGGGUGGAGUUCCGGUAUGGAGAGAUAAGCGGCUGUUGGGGCUACUGGGGAAGGUGGUAGAUCGGCUGGUGUGGGAAUUGCCGGCAGAGCGACAAGCUAAGUACUUGAUAUCGCUCCAUGGCGCGUUCGACCGAGGCGAGAUGGGCGGUAUUGUCGCCGGGUCUGUACAGUGGACUGCUGGGUCGCCAUUACGCACCGGAGCACCCCCUUCAGAGCAGAACCUGAUCGUCCUGUACUCAUCGGCAAUACAAGCGCUCAAACCAGAUACCGCUCUGCCCUUCGCUCCAGCCGACCUCCUCGCAAAGCUCAUCAACUGGACGAUCCACCUCGGCACUGCCGCCUUUCAGCAACACUACGCCCUGGAGCUCAUCACCGCGUUUGUGAACAAGCGAUACACCUUCCCCGGGAUGGAAGAGGCGUUGACGAGCAUGAUGGAGAGGGUCUGGGUAGGCGAUGUGCAGGACCUGGAGAAGGAGGAAGGUGUCCGACGCAGAGCUCUCGCGGUAUUCCUACAUAUUACGAGAGGUUUGGCUCUCGUCCGGCAUUCUCUCGCCUACACGUCGGUCGAGCGCGUGGUGGACGUGCUCAAGCUGGCGUCGUAUGACCCUGUUAUUGUUGGGGAGGCUGCGAGAGGGCUGGGGGUCAUUGCAAAAGGGAAGGGAGAGGACAAGUCGAGUCACCUGACUGCUAAGCUGCUUUGGGCGCAGAAGAUGUGGAACUUUGCGCUGCCGAAGUUGAUGGAGGGAGAUGCGGAUGCCAAGGGACGCGAACGCCUCGUGUACCUCUCCGCAUUCGCUUCUCUUUUGCCACUCGUCCCUGCCUCCCUGCUCGCUUCGGACCUGUCCAACAUCUUGCCGCUGAUGAUCCGCACCCUCUCCCUCCCUUCCGCAGCUGAACGUGCACACGCCAUCACCUCCCUCGAAAGUCUCCUUGAAACGUCGAAUGCCUCGUUAGCUGUUGACUCGCUCGUACAUCGAUACGCGGAGACUAUCGUUGAGGGGCUAUUGAAGAGUGUCGGGGAAGUACCGGAGAUGGGAAGCUCAGCUGUUGUUCGAGGUAAUGCUCUCCGAUGCCUCGCAGCUGUGCCCGAUGCGAUCCGGCAUGAGGCGUUGAGCUCGCUCAAGCCCGUUGUGCUCAGGGAUCUGGGACGGGCACUGGAUGAUCCGGUGAGGAGUGUACGGUGGGAGGCGGUUGAGUGCAGAGCGAGGUGGUACAAGUACAAGUGA